AUGCAAGCCCUGAAGGCAUUGAACGCCAAAAACACAGGCAAUGGUGAAACCACACGCCUGUCAGCUCUGCAGCAAAAUCCAACUCCGGGUGAUCUGAAGAGCCAUAUGUAUGUGCACAACGGCUCCUGGCCUUUCAAAUGCCAAAUAUGUAACCGUGGAUUCAGUAAACAGACAAACCUCCGAAAUCAUAUGUACUUACAUUCCGGCGAUCGUCCGCACGAGUGUGAGGUCUGUCAGAAGAGGUUCGCUUUGGCCUGUAAUCUGAGAGCGCAUCUCAAGACACACGAAGAGCCCCAGAAUGAGAAGUGUUUGCGGUGUUCGCGAGAGUUCCCGACGGCCACCGGUUUAGUGACGUUCGGCUGUUGUCACGACUGCUAUCAUAAUAGUCACGGCAUUCCUCUAUUGAGACACAAAAACUAA